CUCGACGUCGCAAAUCGAUUGAGCAACGCCCAAACGAUCCUGCAAGAUGACCGAACAACUCAUUCUCAAGGGCACCCUUGAGGGCCACUCGGGAUGGGUCACCUCCCUCGCGACCUCACUCGAAAACCCCAACAUGCUACUGUCCGGUUCUCGCGAUAAGUCGCUGAUCAUCUGGAACUUGACCCGCGAUGAGAGCUCCUACGGUUACCCCAAACGAUCUCUUCACGGUCACUCGCACAUUGUGUCUGACUGCGUUAUCUCCUCCGACGGUGCCUAUGCUCUCUCUGCUUCUUGGGACAAGACUCUCCGCCUUUGGGAGCUUUCCACCGGUACCACCACCAGACGCUUUGUUGGCCACACCAACGAUGUUCUGUCCGUUUCCUUCUCUGCCGACAACAGACAAAUUGUCUCCGGGUCCCGCGAUCGAACAAUCAAGCUCUGGAACACUCUUGGUGACUGCAAGUUCACUAUCACCGAGAAGGGCCACGCCGACUGGGUUUCUUGUGUACGAUUCAGUCCAAACCCUCAAAACCCGGUCAUUGUCAGCUGUGGAUGGGACAAGCUUGUUAAGGUCUGGGAGCUCUCUUCCUGCCGGUUGCAAACAGACCACAUCGGACAUACUGGCUACAUCAACACCGUUACUAUCUCCCCAGACGGAUCUCUCUGCGCCUCAGGUGGCAAAGACGGAACCACCAUGCUCUGGGAUUUGAACGAGUCGAAGCACCUGUACUCCUUGAACGCUGGUGAUGAGAUCCACGCCCUCGUAUUCUCGCCCAACCGAUACUGGCUCUGUGCUGCCACCUCCAGCAGUAUCAUCAUCUUUGAUUUAGAGAAGAAGAGCAAGGUCGACGAGUUGAAGCCGGAAUUCCAGGCAGUUGGAAAGAAGAGCAGAGAGCCAGAGUGCGUUAGCUUGGCGUGGAGCGCGGAUGGUCAAACUUUAUUCGCUGGUUACACUGACAACAUCAUUCGGGCUUGGGGUGUUAUGUCAAGAGCGUAAGGAGUUUGAUUGCAUAAGGGUUAUCAUGGUCGGGAAGACUUUGCGGGCUUUGCGAUCUCUUGUUGGUUGACAAGUUGUACUCCAGAGCAUGGCAUUAACCGGAGCUCAAUGAAAAAUUAGAAAUUCAUCAACAACAAGUGCCGUAAUAGAGCAAAUGUUGCCAAUAGAUUGCUACUUGG